GUGCGGACAACCGAGUCCCAAUUUCCAGGACAGAUCUCUCCAUUUUUCUCUCCAAUUCUCGCCCGAUCCCUUUGGGUUUGAAUGAUUUUCAGAAUAUUUUGGGGGGAGACACAUCAAAUUUGGAGUUUGCUUUUUCGAGAAGAAAACCACUGAUUCAAUAUCUGGGCGUUUUAAUUGAUUAUUAGAAAUGUAUGAUAAUCUUGGAGCACAACCUGGGGUGCGGUUACCAUCAUCGAACACACAGCCAAAUCCGUUUGGGGAUACAUUCUAUGGUGCUAGUUCUGGAUUUAUUAGAGGUGGACUGGGUGCUUACGGAGAGAAAAUCUUAGGAUCCAGCUCUGAAUACGUGCAAAGCAAUAUUAGCAGGUAUUUCUCUGACCCUCAAUACUAUUUCCAAGUGAACGACCAUUAUGUAAGGAAUAAAUUGAAGGUUGUUCUUUUCCCAUUCCUUCACAGGGGCCAUUGGACAAGAAUCACUGAGCCUGUGAGUGGUAGGCUCUCCUACAAGCCCCCAAUUUAUGAUAUCAAUGCUCCAGAUUUGUACAUUCCAUUCAUGGCAUUUGGUACCUAUGUUGUCCUUGCUGGCUUGUUAUUGGGUUUUCAUGGAAAGUUUAGCCCAGAAGCUCUGAACUGGCUGUUCGCCAAGGGCUUGGUAGGCUGGUGUUUGCAAGUUAUCCUUCUGAAAGCAACAUUGUUUACAUUGGGUAGUGGCAAGGCGCCUUUGCUUGAUAUGGUGGCAUACGCUGGAUACACUUUCACGGGACUGUCUCUGGCUAUCUUGGGGAAGAUUGUCUGGAACUAUUCGUACUACUUUCUGAUGCCGUGGACGUGCCUUUGUAUGGGGAUUUUCUUGGUGAAGACAAUGAAGAGAGUUCUUUUUGCUGAAGUGAGGAGUUAUGAUUCGAGCAGGCAUCAUUAUCUUCUAUUGCUCAUCGCCUUGGCACAGUUCCCACUAUUCAUAUGGCUGGGAAACAUUAGUCUCAACUGGCUUUUUUGAGAUGCAUGCCUUCAAGAAGUUGUUGUGAAUAGUUCAUCUGUGUAAUGACAGUAAAGAUUUUUUUCCAGGCGAUUUUAUUAAUAGAUUGUUUGAUCUCUUGGGUUCUUGCUUGAUAUUACGGAUUGAGGGCUAAGGGCAUGUUCGAUUUUUUUUCCCCUCCUCAAAGACUGUUUAAUUCGUGGAUUGAACCAUUAGUAAGAAAAUGAAGUAAAAUCUUAUACGUUGGAUC